GCGGUGAAUCGCUUCACAACAUAAUGGCGGAAGUGUUACGGAAAUAGAUGGUUCCAUUGGCAUCCCGUAAUAAGCGUCAUUGUAGUAAAAUGGAAAACUUACUCUUGCUAGUUCUUCUAGUUUGUACCACUUCAUUGGCUGCCGCAGAAAGACGUGAGUAUUUGAAUACAUGAGACUGACAUUCUAGAAAAAGCGUGUAAUUUUUAAAUAUUGUCUCGGUCAAAUGCGACCUUACUUACAAAUUAACAUUGAACAUUGCCAUGGCACUUCCUGAAACUAGCGCAGCAACAAGAAACCACUUAGUUUUUAUUACAAUGUCGAAAAUUUUAGCUACUUUUUAUUUAGCUUGGUUAGUCUAGAAUCAUUGCAACUAAUAGGCAUAUAAUGGAAAAAACUUAUCUGACAACAUUUACUUCAUAUGUUAUUAUUACUGAAUUGACAUGACAUAGACAUAAGACAUAAGCCUUGAAUCACUAUCACUCAAACUCAAGUCAAGUAAUUUUAGUAUAUACUACGCUACUUGACAAUUAUACUAGUACUAGUAAACACUAAGACACAGGUUGUUAAAAUUAAAUAGGCCUACUCUAGUGUAGGCCUAUAUAUUAUAACAACAUUACACUGUCAGUGUGGAAGUCUGUGACUAGGAGUAAGUUGAGAAUGAUCAAGUAAACCAUUAGGCUAGGUCAAGUCCUACUGAUUUGUUUACCUGUGCCUUUAUCUCUUAGUUAGCCUUAGUCUUAGACUUGCUUACCUAUAUUCUAAAAUCUAUAUUGUUGAACCUUUCUGUUUAGGCACUGGCCUAUCUGGACAAAAUGUGGGCUAGAGCCAUACUCCCAAAAAAGUGCACACCUAAUACUAAUAAUACACUUUAACACAUCAGUUAUAUAAUAUAAUGUUAUACUUUAAAAUCCAAGCGUGUUGCCCCUUUGCACCCCCCUCUUACUCUUGGUUCACCGCUCACUGUGUGAAGUCCUGUGCUCAUUGAGUGUAUUCCUGUGCCCACUGUGUGAAGUCCUGUGCUCAUUUUAUGACUGUGUGUAGUCCUGUAACAACUUCAACAGUAACCUAACAUAGCAUGGCUCACAUCAUGAUCAAGCUUCAAUUCUAUGCAUUGCCUUCUAUCACAUGCCGAAGGGAGCAUUAGAUUUGUCAUUUCAGUAAUAAGACGUGUUUUCUUUAGGGAAUAUAUAACCUUCAUAUUUUCACUCAAUUUAAACACUAGAACAAGCUAUGAAUUAUGUCAUAACCUGUCUACACUUCCCCCUAGAUAAUACUAUUACUUUUGUAUUAGUAUUUAAUAUUAUAAAAAUAAUAGUCUUAUAAAAUCUUCAAAGAAUGAAACCUUAAUCAAAGAAAUGUUACCUUUAAUGAGGGUUGAGAUGAUUUAAAUCAAACAAUUGAAUUCAUGAUUUAAAUCAAACAAUUGAAUUCAUGAUUGAAAUCAAACGAUUGAAUUCAUGAUUUAAAUCAAAUGAUUGAAUUCAUUAUUUAAUUCAAAUGAUUGAAUUCAUGAUUUAAAUUGAAACAAUAAAAAUCAUAUUUAUUUAUUUAAUUAAUUUGUAUUUAUAUUUAAAGAGACUUGCUAAAAUUAUCUAGUCAGUAGGAAACAUUUUUAUUUAAAUAAUAUUAACUACACUAUGUUAAAAACAUACUUCAAAAUCUAAAGAAAUCCUUAAAAUAUGAGGGGGAAAAUCAUAGAAUAAAAAUGUAUUUAAAUAAAUUUUAAAAAUGCAGUUUAGAUUUUUUAAAAAUUGAUUUACUUACUAUUAAUUAUAUUAUGUUUAAUCUUUAUAAAAAAGUUGAAGAAAAAUCAAUUUUUUUAAUAAUACCACUUGAAUGAGAUGUAUCCAAAUAAAAAAAAAAUGUUUUUAAUUUUUAAAAUUUGCUAUUAAUAGUAUUAACAAAAUAAAAAGUACUAAACACACCUUUGAAUAGAUCAUUCUGUAAAUAGAUUGUAUAGUUGCCACAGUUGAAUGAAAUAAACUUGACGAUAACUUCUAAUCUCACUCUAGCAACUCGAUGGUGUGUAACAAGUACAGCUGAGGAAAUCAAAUGCAACCAGCUAAAAUUUGAAUUGAAGGAGGCACUCGCUAAAAACAAAACAUUGGCAACGGUGGUGCCUGCGGAUUUUGAGUGUAUUCGCACAUAUGAUUCGUAAGUUGUUUUUUUUUUUUUUAAUAAUAAGCAUGAACAAAAACAUGAAAACUGUCUCCUCCCGUAUCUGUGUGUUGCCUACCCUUAAGCAUCACAAAAAAAGACCUUAUGACCAGAGAGAUUCUUUGAUAGGACUUUAAAUGCUAAAAAUAUAACUGUAACAUAUUAGGUUCUUUUGUGUUUAUGUAUUUAUUAAGCAUUAUUGUCAAAUGAAAACAGUAUAUUAAGAUAAAAAUAUAAUGUAGAUUUUCUAAUGCAGAGGCAAUUACUUUCACUCUGAUAUAUUGAUGGAUCCCUUUGAAUGUAAGGUAAACAUUUUUUUUUAAAUUGAAAAUCUUUAAUUUCUUUUUGAUUUUACUCCAUGAUGUCAGUCUUGUUUUGUUCCUUUUUAAUCUUGACAUUGUUGUACUUUAAUGUAUUUUGACAUUGUUGUACUCUAAUGUCAACUGUUACUUACUCCAGGUUCACAUGUAUGGACAUGAUUGAGAAAGAUGAGGCAGAUUUGGUCAACCUCGAUUCUGGUUUGGGUUACUUUGCAGGACGUCAGCAUAAUAUGAUGCCCAUCAUGGCAGAGAACUAUGCCACUAGUGAGAUAUAUAAUCACAUUUUAUUUCGUUUCAUGUUUCAUUCUUGGUCAUCAUUUUUUCGACAACAUGCUCUAUGUAUAUCUAACUGCAUCUAUGGAUUUACAUUUAAGGGGGGACCGGUAGUCAACUUUACGUAAAAAUCAUGUUUUUUUUGUUUUUUUUCAAUUUUCCAAAAAGUGUAUAUUUGGUUACAAUAACCUCUUAUAAAAACAAUCCCCAAAUAAAAUUUGCUAAAAAUAAUUGUUCUAAGUACAUAAUUUGUCCUAAUAUAACACGUAUCUAGGCAACCAUUUCAGGAAAAUCGGCUUUCCGACACGUUAUGGUCAUUUUAAAACCCUUUACAACCGCAUUCCUUCAAGCCUAAUGCCUAUUGUUAGGCCUCUUUGGAAAGCUUAGACCACUGGCUACAACUUUGACCUACUUAUCUCAAAAUCAUUCUACCUAACAAAGAGAAGCGAGCUGUGCAAUACGUCACAUUUGUUGUAAAAGUGUGUUUAGACGGCUUCUACGUCAUCGUGUAGUAAAGCCUGUAAUUUCAUUGGUCAACUAUAAGUAAUGUUACCAAAAAUAGCACAAAUUGGGUUACCGUAUACCGAAAUGCAACACGGUUACUUUCGUUUCGCAACCAUUCUGUGUUGAUAAAACUAUCCACCGUUUGUCAGACUUACAUUGGAUUUAUCAAAGGCUGCUCUUUUCGUGCUCACUAUAUUUGUUCAAUAACAAGCCAAAGGUAAAUAUGGAUGUAGUAUGAUUUACCAUUUCAUUAUUAAAAAUUGUUUUAGUAAUAGUACUAGUAUCAGUAUCGUCAACGUCAUGCUUUCUCACGUCAGUAGUGACAACCUACCCAUACAAAUUAUUAUAAAUACAAGGAUCAUUUCAGUUCUGAAACUAACUAAAUUAUAAAUUAUAUAUAUAUAUACUUGUUUCAAAGUUUUAAUAUUUAAUAACUAUCAUUAACCAGAUAUAUUUUAUUAUGUGCUUAUUUACUUGUCAAGAAUUGAGUGUAAACUAAAAAAAAAAAAAAAAAAUUUGUUUGAGGUUAGUUAUUUGAAAGGUGUGUGGGUGUUGUUGGGUUUGAUUGACGUCUCUCAUCAUCAACAAUUUAAAAGAUAAGGAAUUAACCACUUCAUUUGUAAUCCUUUCUUUACCUUGAUGACUAAAAUUAAAUUGUUCUGAUUUAUUUGCAGUGAAAUGGCACCAAGAAAACAAGCAGCGAUUCUGCGAGCCAAAAGUACAGCUUGCUUCGAACAGGUACUACUCUUGGAAACAUGGUGGCAGUAGAAUCUAAGAGUGCCAUGACACCUGAUGCCAGGUGGGUGUAAGUGUAAGACUGGAAGUAUUGUAAGGUUUAUAUCAUAAUGAUAUAUAAUUGUUUUUUUAUAUUGUCAUCUCUACAGGCCCCACGAACAGCUGCUCAAUAUAUUAUCUAUCUGCAUUUAUAAAAAAAAAUGUAAUGCUGUUACUAUAUUUAUUGUUGAUGGAGCAAAGUGUAAUUAUAUAUACAUUUUUAACAGAUAAAAUGAAUCUUCAGCAGUGGCUCUGUGAGAAUGCAGUGGCCAUCGAAAGUUACAGAUGAAAAGACCUUCGGAGGAAUAUUCUGACAUUUUCCGCAUGCUUGCAGCUGCCUGGCCUGAUGAGAACCCUAAACACCAUGACUGCCCUACUGGAAAGACAUGUUACUGUUGGCAGUCAGCUAUUGCUCAGAAGAGGUUCCACAACACAUAAGAGGAAAAGAGGCAGUUUUAUCUCAGAGCAGAUUUAUUUAAAUUUUUCGCAUUUUUUUUCUUUGGGGGGUGGGCUAGAGAAUCAGUUAUAUUUUUUCCACAGAAAGACUUUUUAAAUAUAUUUUUGAUGUAUCAUAUUUUCAAGAAGCCAAGGUGAUAUAAUAAUAUAACUUUAUGCCACUUUAAUUAUUUGAAAAAUAAAUUAUUUCAAUAAUAAAACUUCUUUUUGCAUUUUCUCAUUUGUGUCAAUUUUACGAGGGUCAGGUUAUUGGAAGCAGUGUAUCUCAGAAACAACCUAUCAGAUUAUAAAGAAAUUUGCACCACAUGUUCCUAACAUGUUUAUCUACAAUGUGAUAGAGGGUUUUUAUUCUAUUUUAAGAGACAAAAAAAUUAUUUUGAAUUUUGAUAGAACAGUUUACGUAAAUGAUGGAUUAUUUUUUGACAUAAUUUUAAAAAAUUCACAAAAAAAUUAUUUUUUCAGUUAUGCUAAUUUCCUUCUAUCACAUUGUGCAAUGUCCUAUUUUUAAUAUUUAUGCCAAGUUUCAUUGAAUUCUUAUUGGUGGUUAUUGAGCUACGCUGUUUCCUGUAAGUAUAUAAAAUUGCUCAAUUUUACCCCUAUUUUCUCAUCAAAAGCAUAAAAAAAAAUAAUUAAUUAGUCCCAAUUGGUUUUUUUAAGUGUUUUUAUUGCUUUUGCAAUGUGAUUAGCAAAAAAUAUUCUGUCUUAGUCAUGUGUUUAAAAUUUUAGCAUUUUGACUACCUGUCCCCCCUUAACCAUUUCAAACUGUUUCUCUUAUACUACAAACAUUAAUAAUAUACUGUGUUUAUUGAUACCAGACCUUGACACAGUAAUUAUGUAAAAAAAAAUGAGCUGGAAUGAAUUAGUUAUCAAUUUACUUUAUUGUAAUUUCCUUGCUAGGCAUCUUGAGAUAGGUUAAUUUCUCAUUUCAGCCAUAACUGACAAGCCUAAAUACUUUACUGUGGCCAUGUAUAAAACAGUUGACCCAGUCACACUGCAGAAUUUUCAGUCUAAAACUGUCUGUUUCUCUGGUAAGUACCUGGAGUUUAUUUGCUGUUGCACGGUUUUAGUGUUUAAAUCUUUGUCAAGUAAGUGCAUGUUUGCUAUGUCAUUUUGAAGCUAACAUCUAAUUGACUCACUUUUAUGUCCCAGGUAUUGGAAUGAGUGCAGGCUGGGUGUAUCCCAUUGGCACACUGCUCAGGAAUAGUUACAUCAGUGUGGUCAACUGUAACGCCAUCGUCAAGGCAGUGUCCAACUCAUUUUCCAAGAUGUGCCUACCAGGAGCCUUGACCUCAUUUUAUAAUCCAUUUGGUAAGAUAUCCAUUCAUGAUUUAACAUGGUUGAUUUUUGAUUGGAUGUUUGUUUGUGCUUUCUUUUUUAGUUUUAAAGUUAAAUUCGGCUUUAUAAUUUAUACUAUGAUAAAUUGCAUUUCAAUAACCAAAUUUAUCGUACUAAAUUUUAUUUAUUUUAAAAGAAAAGAAAUUAAGAUUUUUUUUGUUUUGAAAAAACAAAAUAUAUAAGUUGGUAAUUCUAAAUUGCAUUUAUUAAAAGAAAUAAACAUAUAAUUUGCUUUUGAUUCAAUAUUAAGAAACUAGAUUUGUCAUUAUUAAUAUAUUACCUCAGGUAACAAUCCCACCUCGGUCUGUGAACUCUGCACGGGACAAAAUGAAGAGUUCUGCACAACGAGUGAUCGCUUUGCAGGAUACGACGGAGCAUUUAAGUGUGUGGCUGAUGGUCAAGGGCAGAUAACUUUUCUCAGACAUGACACCAUCGAGCUGAUGACUAGCUCAGAAUACAACAGUAACACAACAGUCAAUGCCUACUUACCUGAAGUAAGUCACACACAACCACCAAUCCCUACUUAUCUGAAGUAAAUCAUACACAAUCACCAAUCCCUACUUAUCUGAAGUAAAUCAUACACAAUCACCAAUCCCUACUUACCUAAAGUAAGUCAUACACAACCACCAAUCCCUACUUACCUGAAGUAAGUCAUACACAACCACCAAUCCCUACUUACCUGAUGUAAGUCAUACACAACCACCAAUCCCUACUUAUCUGAAGUAAGUCAUACACAACCACCAAUCCCUACUUACCUGAUUAAGUCAUACUAAAAAGCCAAAAGUAAAGUCCUACCUCCUGUUUCUUUUUAUCCAUGUUCAUUGUGCAGAUACUACCAUUAAGAUAACUCAAGAACUCAUGGGAAACAAUUUACAAAAUUUUUUUAAAGUUUGCAUGUUUAUGAAGAGAGGAACAGAGACACAUUUUUUUUUAUGUUGAAUAAAAUAAAAUAAUAAACUAUCUUGUUAAAGUAAAAUAAAAAUUCUGUUAACAAAUGGGGCCAUUUUCAAAAACUCAAUAUUGUUUAUAUAAGGACUUGAGGUUGUGAUGUGUCAGGGUUAUCUCAGACUCAAAAUAGGAUAUUAUUUGAUAUUAAUUCCAUUGUCCAUUUCAUCCAGAACUACAUGCUGUUGUGUCCUGAUGGCACGUCUGCAACUGUUACAGAAUUUGAAAAGUGUAACUGGGGGGAGGUCACCUCAAAUGUCAUAAUGACAUCUGCAGUUCGUGAACCUGAAAUAGUCACUGGCUACAAAGAUUUUCUCAAAACAUUGGAACAGCUCUUUGGACCCACUGGGACCUACAGCAGUAGAUUUAAAAUCUUCAGAUCUGAGACUAAGUACUCUACUGAUCUUUUCAAGCAAACGCUGACAAGAAAAAAUUUACUCUUUUCUGAUAUGACGAAGCGUUUAAUGGAUAUGGGGACAGAAACGUACUACACCUGGGUUGGUAAGUACUAUGAUUCAGGAUACAGAGGUUUUAAUGGAGCUUUGGACAUCAUAUUUUGAUUUUCCUUUUUUAUAUGAUAGAGCUACCGGUAUUAAUAAAUUUAGUUAUUUUGUGGAAAAUCCCACUGGUACAAGUGCUAAGGCUGGUAAGACAUGAGAUCACUAGGUUAAUGAGGACAUUAGAUCACUAUUGUUAAUGAGGACAUGAGAUCACUAAGUUAAUGAUAAUUUACAAAUCAAACUUUUUGUGAUUGCAAGUAAUCUGAGGGAAAUAAAUACAUAAAGGGUGAAGCCGCUUUGUUCUUAUCUUUUAUAAAGAACGGAUAUAAAAAUUGGAAGGUUUUGUCUAUCUCUAUGUCUCCAUCACUAACAGGCGACAACUUUAACACAAUGGUGACCGAGAUGAAUCGCUGUCCAUCAGAGGUAAUUCGCUGGUGUGUGACGUCCAUGGCAGAGAAGCUCAAGUGUGAGGACAUGAUCAUGGCUUUCAAGGCCAAGGAACUGCAACCAGAGAUGGACUGUUUGUAUGGCGGCAACUCCACCAACUGUAUGGAGAUGAUCUGGCGAGGGGAUGCUGACCUCAUUAACUUGGAUGCCGGGGACAUCUAUAUAGCUGGACGGUGAGCUUACAAUUAAUCAUGGUGCCAAGAGUAGCUGGACAGUAAACUUGUAAUUAGCAUAGCAUGGGUGUCAAAUGUAGCUUGCAACUUGCAUCAUUUAUUUCUUCGUUACAGCGUAGUUCAAGUACGAUGUUUUAUUGUUUUAAUUAAAACAUCUUACACGUAGAAUUGACAUUUAAAACAUGUUGCAUUUAUUCAAAUAUCUUGUUAGCUACUAUAUUAAAAUUUUCUUUUUCACUAUUUCUUAAAAGUUUUCACUUGGUGUUUCCUUUAAUUGUGUACAUGUAAUUUAUAUUCUUUACAUGUAUUGAAAGCAUUCGUCUGUAACAUUAUGUUCUGUAAUUGUCAUCCCUUGUAGUCGAUAUGGUCUCAUUCCAAUGGCAGCAGAAGAUUACGGAGAUAUGUCUAUGAAGUUUAAAGUUGUGGCAGCUGCCAGGAAGACUGAUAAGUCCACAACUCUGUUUAAUAUGAAAGGUACUUAAUGUCUAUUUAUUUUUAGCAUGGACAUCAGUUUAAUUUGACAUAAAACAAUGAUACAGAUAUUUUUUAAAAAUAAAAUACUAUUCACGUUUUAGGUUAUUUAAAUAAAAGGUCAUAUUAUUUACGUUAUUUAAUUUGGGGGUCUACAGGAAAAUAUUGUGACACAAUUUAAUUUUGUUGAAAUUUUUUUCUUCUUCUUCAGGAAAACGAUCUUGUCAGCCCGGCAUUGGUCGUGGGGAUGGAUGGAUUAUACCCCUCAACAUCUUCAUAGAGACAGAACAGUUCCUACCAAAAGACUGCACCAUCUUUAGAAAUAUCGGUCAGUUUAUUAGUUAUGUCAAAUUAAUUUUUUUUUUAAAUGGUUGGAGUUUGUGAUCUGUAUUUAUCGUCUCACUAUAAAUAUUAAUUCGUAACAUGUAAUACAUAAUGCAUGAUUGUAAUUUAUCAAAAUAUUUAUUCCUCACUAUUUUUGGGGGGUUAAUUUUUCAGGUGAACUGUUUUCAAGAAGUUGCAUCCCUGGGGCCCUUGAUACAGAGUACAACCCAGAUGGUCGUCCCAUCAAUUUGUGUGAGGGAUGUGCCGCUGGAGGUUACCGCAAGUGUCAGCGAAACAGUGAGGAGCAGUACUAUGGAGCUAGUGGUGCCUUCAGAUGUCUAGUAGAAAGUAAGAUUACUGUUUAUCCCCUUUUCAACCCUGCCCCAUUCACAAUCUUUCUUUUUUUUGUUGUCCCCAGUACUUAUUUAGAGCAUUGGGAAAAUGAAUUUCUUUGUGGAAUCUUAUGCUACUGUAUCUCUAAUAGUUACAUAAAUUCUAAAAAUAGUGAAUCAUUUAACUAAUAUUUUAUUUUUGCUUUGAUAUCUUAGCUGGUAAGAAAUUGUAUUUAUAAUUUGAUUUUAGUCUUCUGAAUAUGAUUUGUUGUUUGUUAACUGUGUGCUCUUUCUGAAAUCUUUUUCUCUGAUUUCAUUAUCAGAUGGAGGGGAUGUGUCCUUUGUCCGCCACCUUACGGUCCGAGACAAUACGGAUGGUCGCAACCACGCCAUUUGGGCUAGGAAUCGCAGGUCUGAUGACUAUGAGCUGCUGUGUAAAGAUGGGCGGCGUCUAAACAUUGACCGCUUUAUGGAGUGUCAUCUGGGAGAAGUACCAGCUAAUGCCAUUGUUACCUCAGGUAAGAAUUAACUAUGUUAAUGCCACUGUUACUUCAGGUAGAGAAUGAACUACAUUACCUGCUUUCCAUUUAGCAUGACGUUAAAACUCUCAAUUACCUCAGGAUGUCAUGUCAAUAAACACCUGUUUUGAAUUCCUGUCAUCCCAGAAAAUAAACCAUUUCAAAAUUCUCCCAGUCACAUUAGGAUCAGAGAUUUGGAUUCUUAAAAUGGUGGUAUUUACAUUGCUACUAUUGAUAAGGAGUUGAUGUCACUUUUCUUGCUUAUGAUUAUGGGUAUCUUACAGCAGUCCCUUGAGGUUUUUUUCCUCAUUUGUUUAUUAGUUUUCAAUAUUUAAUUCGUCUGGUGAUUAUUGUGUGUCCACAGCUGGAAAGUCCCCAAUACAAAAAGAAAUCAUGUGGAAUUUGCUCAACUACGGCCAACAGUUUUUCUCCUCUGAUAUGUGAGUACUUAAUUUGAAAGCUUUCUGUUGCCUAGGAUUUCUAUGGAAUCAAUAGAUGUUGUGCUUGCCUCAUUUUCAAAGUCACUCUAUAAAUAACACAGUCAUAAGUCAUACCAUAAAUAAGGUAGACACUGCUCGUUUGUCACACUAUUGACAUCAUAAAAUUCUGCAACUAACAUGGUUCACUUCACUAAACUACUUACUGUAUGGGACAAGAUGUACUUUUAACUGUCUUAAGUUUCAAAUAAACCACUUCAAUAAAAACAAUACAUUAUUUUUGACACCUGCUAUAUACCUUACUUAUACUCAUUACUAAUACUCCUUACUUAUACUCCUUACUGUGCCAUACAUGAUGUACCAAUACUUAAACUAUGUUUUUGCUGAUUAGCUGCCAGAUUGAAAAUCAGGUUGUGGCUGGAUUAAAUUUAUGUAACAUUUUCUCAUUGAAGGUGCAUGUACAAAUUCAGCUGCAGUUUUCUUAAUUAUAAACAUAUUCUAAUGAGUAAUACACCAUUUUCUAGAUAAAUGAAUUGUCUAUAACAUAAACAUAAAACUUUUGUAAAGUUAAGUUUUGUUAGUUUUUGCAAAUUAGUAAUUUCCUCACUACCCUAUUUCUCCUAGUGGCAUAUUAGUUAAUGUUUAAAACCACUUGUCUUUAAUGUGCAUGGACAUGCUCACUGUUUCCAAUUCUUUCCUUCAGUGAUGGAGACUUCCACAUGUUUGACUCGGGCAUCUGGUACACGGAUCUCAUCUUUACAGAUGCUGCCGUGCGGCUGAUGAAAAUACCAGAGGACAGACAAAAUUAUAAAGAUUGGCUGGGGGAGUCGUUCAUUGCCCAGAUUGAGAACCUCCAUAGAUACACAUGUGUCAAUCCUGACAGUGCAGGCACGAUAAGGCCCAGUUUUCUCAUAGCAUUGUUACUUACCACACUCACUCUUUUGUUUACACAACUCUAACUGUUGAUCUCAAUAAAACUGUUCAGACUUUUCAAGGGUUUUGUAACCAUAAUCUCAAUCAAACUUUCAUUGAACAAAGAAUAUCUGGCAUUGAUCUAAUUGGUUGCCAGACUAAAGGCCAAGGUUGUCAUAUAAAUUUAACCAAGAUUAUGUUUUAGAUAGUUCUCAAUUUUGCUGUCAAUGGUGUCUUUGGUUUUAAGAAUUCUCACUAGAGUUUAAACAUAGGAAAGAAAUGACACAGAGGUCAAACCUGCCCAAAUUGUGUGCCUCAAUGUAAAUAAAAAAUCCUGUAUAAAUGAAAUGAUAUUUUUCAUGUUUUUAACAAGUUGUUUUCAUUGUAUGUUUUGACUGUUACACAAUUUUAAGUUUUAUUAUUUUUUUGUAAUAUACAUUUAUUUACUUUAAAAUAUUCAGCUCAUGUAUCAUGUCUUGAAAGAUUCCAACUUCCAACAAUAGAUCCCGUGUCUGUAACUCCUCAGUCACCGAAGGGUUUUCAAACUCUGGUAUUAUUUUAAGUAAACACAUUUCCAAAAUUCAAAUAUCCUGAAACUGCUAUAAAAUUCUUUUGAAUCCUAACUUUUUGAAUCGAGUUCAUUUUAAGUCAACUUUUUCUUGAACACAUUGAUCACUACGCCAAUGUUACGUCAUUUAAUCAUCAAUCAUUUCAGUCAUAUGCUAUUUUUUAAUGUAUGACUUUACUAGCAUAAUUUAUACAUCCUGGUAUGGUAGCUGAUUCCAUUUUUUUGGGGGGUAAAACAUGCUUCUUAUUUUCCAAUAGAAGUUAAUGACAUUUCAUUAGAAAUAGAAUGUCUUAGAAAUUUACUUUGCUAUUCUAUGUUAUCAUUUUAUCUUAAUGUUCACUUAUCCCCCCCCCCACCCCGCUUUAGAAAGAAGCAAUAGAUUUAAGAGUAAAACAUUUUCAUAAACACAAAUAUUGCUGUGUUUAAUGUAUGUGUGUGUGACCUGUGCCAGAUUGUGUGUGCCUGUAGCUGGGAUGGAAAAUGAGGGUAUGUUGUGUUAUGGACUGACACCUUUCUUUAGUGAUGAUGGAACAUUGUAUUGUAAGUGUAUAAAAAUAACAUGAAUGAUGUAACAGAAGUGUGACUUGUAUCCAAUGUUGGAUAACUCUGCAAUUUUAAAAUAUGCAUAAGCAAUUAUUAACUUUUUAUUAUGAGAAAUCAAUUAUUAAGUAAGUGUAAAUAUAUAAUUUAGCAUAUCAGUUUAUCAGAUAUUUCAAAUGUAUAAAAAAAAAAAUUUCAACCUCUUUCAUGAUAAAAUAAACUACAUUCCUUGACAAUUCUUUCUUUAAUUCCAGCAGAUGUAUUUGUCUCAAAUUAGCAGCAUGACAAAGCCAAUAUUUUUAUAGCUCUUGUGACAUUCCAUUAUAUCUAUAGAUCAAAUAAACACAAACUGAUUUUAUCAUCCAUCUUUCUUAUUAUUUUAAAUAUUAAUUUUUUUCAUAUAAGUAUUUAUAAGCAAUACUUGUAAUGAUGUGAAAAGAGGUUAAGAACUAUUAGGCCUAACUUAGGGUCCGUAUGUCUGACUCAAGAUUCAGCCUUAAGUAAUCCUGACCAUAAAUCCUAUUACCGUAUUUUGGCGUUCAGAUUUUUAAAUAAAUUUUUUUUUUCAAAAUUGAUUCUUCCGUUAACGAUGCAAAUCCUAUUUUUUACUUUACAGAGAUGAUAAAUAAUGUUUUAUUAAUAAAUAACCUAUACAUCCUGG